AUGAGUUUUUUGUCGAGAAUUUCUUCGCGAAGUCUCUGUCCAAGUUUAAAUUCAUUAAAGUCCAAUGUUCUAUCACGUUCGCUAGCAGUACAAACUCCUCAAUCACGUAACACAGAUGCUAAACACAGUACUGGCGCUCGAGUUGCUUCAAAUUAUAAAAUUAUCGAUCAUGAAUAUGAUGCUGUCGUAGUCGGAGCUGGUGGUGCUGGUCUUCGUGCCGCCUACGGUUUAUCAACAGCUGGUUUUAAAACAGCUGUUAUUAGUAAAUUAUUUCCAACACGUAGUCAUACAGUUGCUGCUCAAGGUGGUAUUAAUGCUGCUCUUGGCAACAUGGAAAAUGACGAUUGGCGAUGGCACAUGUAUGAUACAGUUAAAGGUUCCGAUUGGCUCGGUGAUCAAGAUGCGAUACAUUAUAUGGCUGAAGAAGCUCCACGUGCUGUUGUUGAACUUGAAAAUAUUGGUAUGCCAUUCAGUCGAACACCUGACGGAAAAAUUUUACAACGUGCCUUUGGUGGUCAAUCGUAUGAUUUUGGUAGAGGUGGUCAAGCACGUCGUUGCUGUUGUGUAGCUGAUCGUACAGGCCAUGCUAUGUUACAUACACUCUAUGGCCAAUCGCUUAAAUACAAUACCGAAUAUUUCAUUGAAUAUUUUGCACUUGAUUUAUUCAUGAAUAAAGAUAAUACACAAUGUAUUGGUGUUGUUGCAAUGAAUCUUGAAGAUGGUAGUAUUCAUCGUUUCCAUGCUAAUAAUACAGUUAUAGCUACUGGAGGUUAUGGUCGUACAUUUUUUUCAUGUACAUCAGCUCACACAUGUACAGGUGAUGGUAAUGCAAUGUUUACUCGUGCUGGCCUUAAAAAUCAAGAUUUAGAAUUCGUUCAAUUUCAUCCAACUGGUAUUUAUGGUGCAGGUUGUCUCAUUACAGAAGGUUCUCGUGGUGAAGGUGGUUUUCUUGUCAAUAGCAAAGGUGAACGUUUCAUGGAACGUUACGCACCAGUUGCUAAAGAUCUUGCAUCACGUGAUGUCGUUUCACGAGCUAUGACUAUCGAAAUUCGUGAAGGACGUGGUGUUGGCAAAGAUAAAGAUCAUAUCUAUCUUCAAUUAAAUCAUUUAGAUCCAAAAUUAUUACAUGAACGUUUACCGGGUAUUAGUGAAACAGCUAUGAUCUUCUCCGGUGUUGAUGUAACUAAACAACCCAUACCUGUCUUACCAACUGUUCAUUAUAAUAUGGGUGGUAUACCAACAAAUUAUAAGGGUCAAGUUAUCCAAGAGAAAAAUGGCAAAGAUGUUAUCGUCAAAGGUUUAUAUGCUGCAGGUGAAGCUGCAUGUGCUAGCGUUCAUGGCGCCAAUCGUCUCGGAGCCAAUUCUCUAUUGGAUCUGGUCGUUUUCGGACGAGCAUGUGCCAAAACAAUUACAGCUGAAAAUAAACCCGGAGAAAAAUUUGGAGAACUUCCAUCGAAUGCUGGCGAAGCUUCAAUUGCUAAUCUAGAUAAAUUACGAAAUGCUAAUGGGUCAAUAUCAACUGCCGAACUUCGCUUAAAGAUGCAGAAGACUAUGCAAGCACAUGCUGCUGUAUUCCGUGAUGGUGAAACAUUGAAGAAAGGUUGUAAGGCAAUGGAUGAUGUCUUUCAACUACAAAAAGAUCUCAACGUUAAAGAUCGUGGUAUCAUUUGGAAUACAGAUUUAAUUGAAACACUUGAACUACAAAAUUUACUACUCAAUGCCAUGCAAACAAUUUACGGUGCUGAAGCCCGAAAAGAAAGUCGAGGUGCACAUGCCAGAGAAGAUUUUCCCCAUCGUGUUGAUGAAUAUGAUUAUACAGAUGUGGCAAAGAAUCCAAUAGCUAACCAAAAGAAGAAACCAUUUGAUGAACAUUGGCGUAAACAUACUUUAUCAUAUACGGAUCCUGAAACGGGCAAAACAACAUUAUCAUACCGAGCAGUUAUUGAUACAACAUUGGAUCAAAGUCGUUGCUCAUCAGUACCACCAAAACCACGUGUUUAUUAA